CUCGAAGGGCGGAGAAGGCGAUGGGCCAGAUCUAAUUAUACUGCGUCGUGAUGCUAACGUUCCAGUCGACGCUCGAGCGCAAUGCGUUUCCCGUAUGGCGCGAGCACUACGUGAGCUACCUCGAGCUCAAGUCGCUUGUUCAAAAGCUCUGGCGCCGCUCGACCUUUCUGCGGCGGCACCAAAAAGGCGACGAGGCGGCGCCGUGCCUCAUGCCCCAAGCCAGCGACUUUGAAGCUGUGUUCGUCGCCAACUGCGUCCGCGUGGAAGAUUGGUACAGCGCGCGCCUCGGCGAGUUCUCGACCGAGUUUGCACUUCUCGCGCAGCAGUGGACCGCACCACGCAACGACGACGGUGCGACCAAGGUGCUCGAAACGACGUGCAUCGAGCUCCACCGCCUCGUUCACGGUCUGUACAACUACGCGCGUAUCAACUACACGGCGCUGCGCAAAAUCCUCAAAAAAUACCUGAAGAAAUGCCCCACAGCCAGCGCCAACCACGACAAGCUCCAAGCCGAGCUCCAUUCCCAAGCGUUUGCGACUGCCGAGGCCGCGCAGCGAUUGGCAGCCGACCUCGAAGCUUUUUACACAGCCUCGUUCCACGACAACGACCGCGUCCUCGCGCUCUCGGAGCUCGACGGCUGGAAGGACGAUGCGCUCGACUGGCGACACGUGUACAUUGGCCUGAAGAUGGGCGUCUGCUCCGUGCUGACGCUCUGGGUCUUGUGGCACUACGUGGUUUCGGGCGUCAGUACACGCGUCGUUUUGUCGCAGACCAAGGCGUACCCUGUCUACCGCGGCGUCGCGCUUCUUCUCUUCUUCCACUGGCUCUGGGGCCUCACGCAGUAUGUCCUGCACUCGGCGCGCAUCGACUACCUAUACAUCUGCGAGCUCGACCCACGCACGACCGCCGACUACACCCACGUCUUCAACGACGCCAGCGACCUCACGAUGCCCAUGAUGCUGUUUAUGGAGCCAAUGCGUCGCGCCAUGUGGAGCUGCCUCGCGAUCAAGAACGAGCACCUGCGCAACACGCUGGGCUUUCAAUCGACGUACUCGCUCCCGUUGCACUUGGAUCCACCGUCGUCGCUUGAUGAAGACAAAGCCUCAGCGACCACGUACUUGUACAAGAUUGUAGCUCUGAGCGCGGGCUUGCUCUGUCUCAGCGUAGCCGCCAUUGUGCUUGGAUAGCAUGGAGAGUAGGCAGGUCAGAGCAACAUUUGUCCAAG